ACGAAGAAAUUUGUAACCGGGUAUAAACUCAGAAAAUACAAGAAAGAGAGAGAUAGAAAGAGGAAGAGACAGAGAAAGAGAUAGUAUUACAUUUUGCGCAUGCGUAACAAUCGUCAUUUGUUUCAACGGUUACACCAGUUGCAUCAGUUGCCUUUCUUAUUUGUCGGAUGAUUGACUUUUCUUAUAGAUAGAUCGGCUUUCUUACAGAUUCAUAAUUUCGACUAUUUACAAUCCAUUAAAAUGAAAUUCUCGGAGAUCCGACAAAAUAAAUGUAUCGCGCGUUAAACUUAGAUUAAAAAAUUAUUCACGUUCGUUUACAAUAUUAGUUUGUCGUGGUAUCUCGGAGAGAUAACCUACAAGUUACGUUCGGCCGCGUUUAAAACAUAUAAUCUCGCGAUUUCGUCAUUUCGUACGAAUUAAUUUCUACUUAAUAAAUAUAUAAUAUUUCUAUAUAACGGAGUGUUACUCGUAAGAGUGAAAGUGAAUAAUCAUAAUCAGUGUUGGUGUGUUUUAUUUUAUUGUUCAAUACCACAGUGCUUAAAUCGCAGUGUUCUGAAAAAAAAGAAAAGAAAAAAGAGAAAAGGAGAGAAAAAAUAGUGUGGCUUAGUUUGAUCUGUUAAACGAAAUAAAAGAGUGAUAAAGAUUGUUAGAUCAUAUCAUCGAUGUGUUUAACAAUAUCCCAAGGUGAUAAUUUACGAUCGAUUUCUAAAUCGAUUUUACAACGAUAGAGAUCUAAAGAAAAGUUGGGAAUACUUCGGUGGCAUCGAAGAACUUCGUAAAUGAAAAGACAAGAUGCCAGCAGCCGGUGCGGCAGUACCGGACGUGGCCGAAGGUGCCGGACAAUUAGGUGAACUGGACGAACCACCUGAACCUCGUGUACGUGGACCAAGUGGUCGAGCUGGAUUGAUGAAACCACUGGUUGUCCUUGCGCUUCCCGGAAUGUAUCUUUUCUACAAGUACAGUCAGUACAGGCGGGAGCAACGUGAGCUGUCUCGUAGAAGAGUCACCGAGAGGGAACUCCAACAUCUUCAUCACAAAAUCGACAAAUUGUUAACGAAGUUGGAAGAAAACGAACCGGAGUUGGCCUCUUCGCAGGAAGACGAAUGCGUGAUAUGCGUGAACGCAAGGGCUACGAUGCAAACGGCACCAUGCGGACAUCGUGUGGUUUGCAGACGUUGCUUUGUAAAAACGAUACAGAUGGCUGUGUCGCAGCGUCUCUUACCACUGAGAUGUGUCAUAUGCAGAGCGAAAAUUCUCCGAUUAAAACAGACUCUUAUUCCACGAGAUUAUUCGAUGUCCGGGAAAUCAUGGGUCUUGCCUCAAAGUGCAUCAGAGUACAAUAUGGGUAUAGGAGUAAGCGUUGGAGUAUCUGGACCAGGAGGUAGAUGGGGUACAGGAAGUGUACCAGCUUCUGCUUCUCUUUAUUCUAUGGCCAGCGGUUCGUCAUCCAUUUCCGGAGUGUCUUCCGUGUCUUCGGCAACGUCGUCGUCUGUUAGUAGUACCGGAAGUACAGGUUCCACCCUUGGCAAACCAACGAGAGUGAGACAACCAACCGGUGCGACCCUAAGACGUUCCCAAACUCAGUCGAUGAAGCUGCGUAUUCAAGAAUACCAGGAUCCAAUUCAGCAAGUAGCUGAGGAAGAAGACAUUAUGAGAGAAAAUCGUAGAUUACCACCUAUCAAAGAGUUUCAAAGAGAUUAUCGUGCUGGAAAGGCCUCUACUAGAAUACGAUGUGCUCAGAAGAUUGUGACGCAAUUGGAGACAACACCGAGUACAAGAGGGACGUCGAACGUCGCGACUUCCGGUUCAUCGUCGACGUCGUCAUCGUCCUCGUCUUCGUCAUCGUCGUCGUCGUCGUCGUCAUCGAAUGGAUCGUCGAAUGGACGUUCGACGUCGAAAAGGCCGCCAGCACAACCGAAAAUGUCGGUGGUUCAAGAGAUUCAAAAAUUGAAGAAAGAAAAGGAACGAGAAAAGGAGAGAGAAAAGGCGGAAAAAGCGCGACAGAAGGAGGAAGAGAAGGCUGAGAAAAAUAGACAAAAGGAGGCCAAAAAAUUGGCUAAGGAAGAAAAAAAAAGAGCGAAGAAGGAAGCAAAAGCGAGACGAAAGGAAGCUGAGGAAGCUCUUUUAAGGGACGAUAAGUAAAGUUUUCUAUCGAUUUUCUACUUGAUCAAAGGAAGAUCAAAAGAGAUCGAGAUAACGAUAGACGGACUUGGACUGGUGGCCAUUGCCCACGCGAAGAAAGGACUUUUUAAGGAAUUGGAGUAUUGUACCUGAUGAGUCACAGAUCGAUCCUUUUUUAUAUCUAACUGUACGAAAAGAGAUAAAUAAAAAGAGAAAGAGAAAUAAUCUGAUAAUUAAUUAAAUACCUAGAAUUGUUAAAAAUUAAUAAUUAUCGUUAAAGACGUUCGAAAAGAACGGACAACUGUAGUUCCGAGAUAUCAAAGAAAAAAGAAAAAAAGCGAGAGAGAGAGAGAGAGAGAAAUAAAAGGAUACUUCGAGGAUUCUGUGACUCAGCUCGAACAGUUCAAGAACGGAUGUUAUAUGUGUCGGAAGGAAGGGUGUCCCUGUUAAUGUAUUGAAGAAGUUACUAUGUAAGAGAAAAAAAUUAAAAACAACAAAAAGAAAAAAAAAGAAAAAGAAUCUAGAAGCGGCCAAAAACUUAGUAAACCGUCAUAUCGAGUUAAUCGCGGACUAAUUAUCGUUAUAAAAAUUCGAACUUAGGUCGUAUAUAUAUAUAUAUAUAUAUAUGUACGUAUGUAUGUAUAUAUGUAUGUAUGUAUAUAUUAUUGAUAACACAAGUAAUUUUUUCUUUUUCUUUUUUAACUCUUUCCGUAAUUACUUCCAUAUUUAUCACGAAACGUUUCGAUCUAUCCUCUUAAUCAUCGUCAAUCAUUAAAAAAAAAAAAAAAAAAGAAAAAGAGCACGAGAUAUUCAUUAUUUCUUUAAUAGAUUAAAACCGAUUAUAAUUAUCUUUUUUAUUCUUUCGAUCAUCGUUUUGACGUCUCUCCGUAAUCAUGUAAAUAUGUUCCAUGAAGGAAAAAAAAAAAAAGAAAAAGAAAAGAAAACUAAAUGACGAUAAAACGUAUGUACGUCGUGUGCAACGGAUAGCCUAAGAAAUUUUAUUAUUAUUAUUAUUAUUAUUAUUAUUAUUAUUAUUAUUAUUAUUAUUAUUAUUAUUAUUAUUUAUUAUUGUUAUUAUUAUUAAUAAUUAUUAUUAUUAUCAUAUAAAAUAAUGCAACAAAAGGGUAUACGUAAGUAUAUAUAUAGUAUACAUGAAAGAUAUAAAUAUUCGUGAAAGGUUCGAGAAUUUAUAAUUCAAAUUCGAUCGAGUUGAUCUAUCCCACAAUUUUUUUUCUUUCUUUGUCUCUCUCUUUCUUUCUCUCUCUCUCUCUCUCUCUCUCUCUCUGUCUCUCUCUCUCUCUCUCUCUCUUUCUAUUUCUCUUUCUCUCUUUCUCUCUUUUUCUUUCACAAAUAAUAAUCAUAAAAGAAAAUAAAUGUUAUUCUAAUAAUUGAAAAAAGAGAAAGGGAUACAUAAAUAAAGAAACAGAGAGAGAGAGAGAGAGAGAGAGAGAGAGAGAGAGAGAGAGAGAGAGAGAGAGAGAAAUGAAAUACUAUUUUAAAAAUUAUGAAUCCCUGCUUUCAUCAUCAGUAUACGAUUUUAUUCUAAAAAAAUCUAUAAGGUUCUAUGAUUAUUAUAAUUAUUAUAAAUGCUAUUAAUAAUAUAAUGAUAAUAAUGAUGAUAAUUGUGAUUAUGAUAAUGAUGUUGAUUAUUAUUAUUAUUAUUAUUUUUCCUUUUUAUUUUUAUUAUUAUUGUUGUUGUUAUUAUUAUUAUUAUUGUUGUUAUUAUUAUUAUUAUUAUUAUUAUUAUUAUUAUUAUUAUUAUCAUUAUUAUUAGCGAUUAUAUUAACAAAGUAGGACUCCCAAUUAAAAUCCUCUUUGUACUCUCUACUUUCUUAUAUACACAUACGUCCCGAGCAUCUCUAAAAAUCCUUUUCAACAAGCGAAAAUCAAAAGCAAUUUUUUUACGAGAUCUGCAAAGGACAAUGAUACACAAAAAUGCAAUCGCAAUAUCAAAAAGAAAAGUUAAACGAUAGUAGAGGAAUAACAAAAUGAGUCUCGAUUUACAAUCUAUAAAGAUAUAAAUGUAUGUGUAUGUAUUCGAUUUGAUUACAUAUUUUCCAUGUAUAUAGGGUGUCAAAUUUUAAUCGUUUCACAAGAAAAUUAUCGAGAUUAUUUAAAUAUUAAUAACGAAAGAUCAUCGUCAUGAACGUUUCAAAUUGUGUAUUUCUGUUUGUGUGCGUGUAUGUAUGUGCGUGCGUGUGAUGUACUUUUUCUUUUGUGUAAUUUCAUUAGUAUGGUUUUCUUUUUUAUUUUUUGUGAGUUCAUUAAAAUGUGACACCUUAUAGAUAUAGGAUACGUAUGUACAUACAUAUAUAUAUAUAUACACACACACACACACACAUAUAUAUGUGAUAUAUAUGUUUCUUUGUCGAUUUAACGUUACUUUUAUCAUCGUUCCUUGUCCUCCGUAAAAACCCGACCUAAUUUACGCACUGCCGAUAAUAAUUUGUCUUUGUUAAUGAAACAAAAACAAAAAAGAAAGAGAGAGAGAGAGAGAAAGAGAGAAAAUAAAAAAGAAGAAAAUGAUUAGCUUCGUUCUCGUGGAUGAGAAAGUCUCCAAGCGUGAAUCCCAAUGAUUCUUUUCUUCGAUCGUAUCGUCUAACAUCUAAAUGCUAUCGUUAUAAAAACGAUAUUAUUGUAACAAAUGAUAAGAUGGUAUAAAAAAGAAGAAAAAAAAAAAAAAAAGAGAGAACGUCAAGCUCGUUGGACGAUUAAACGACGACACGUUUUACUUUUCCACCACGAUGUUCGUUAUCAUGUGCUCAUUGAUUCUUAGAUAUAGUAUUAUUAAACGAAGAUCCAGCAAACGGUGUCGUUGAUAAAGUAAACGAGAUAAAUAAAAUAAUGAUAAAGAAUGAAAAAAAGAAAGAAGUAAAGAGAAGAACGAAAUUUGUCGAACGUGGCAGGAAACGUUUGUUGAGAGGCACAUAUCAGUAGUAAUUAUUAGGGGGAAAAAAAAUAAAAAUAAAAAUAAAAAAAUAAAAGGAAAGAAAAAAGUUCAAAAAUAAAAAAAAAGGGAAGAAAAAAAGUAAAAUAAAUAAAAUCUACGUAUGUACGUACGUAAGUACUUACGUACGUAUGUGUCUACGUAUGUAGGUAUAUACGUAUAUAUAUAUGUAUAUAUGUAUACGUACAUUCCAAUUGGCAUUUUGCCAUCAUUGAUUAUUAGCUAUAACGUAGAGACCGUCAAUUAUUAUCGCAGUAAUGAUAAUUAAUUAAUCAAUGGGUUUCCAAAGUGGUCUAACGAGCUCGAUAACCAAAUAAUAUCGAUUAAAUUUUUAAUUACGAUUCGAUCGAACGAAAUUAUUCUUAAAGGAAACAAAUUUUUCUUUUCGAAAUGAAACGAAGACAUUGACACUACGCACAAAAAUAUCCAAUGAAAAUUGAUUGUUCUCUUGCGAGAGGAUAGGAAUGAGACUUUCUCGAUCCACUUAGAACAAGAUAAGGAAUGAAACGAUGAUCGCUAUGUAAAAUGUAAAGAGAUACAUAUAUAAACAGAAAUGUUCUCUGCUAUCGUAAAGUCAAUUUUAUCGAGUACGAAUGUGUAUGUGGUACGUACUGUAAGGGAUACGCAAUCGCAUUUGGAAUCAGUACGUUACAUGAUAAAACGAAAAUUCUAACUGAGCAUUCUAAUAUAAGUAGUUUGAUAAUUAUCAUUUUUCUUUUUCUAAUACGUAAGUAUGUAGAUAUCUGUAAAAAAGAAAAAAAGGAAGAAAAAAGAUAUGAAACGUAAUUGCAAUUGAAAUUUUAAUUAACGAUACAUGCUCCUAUUUUAUAAUAAUUUUUAUCGCACGGUUAAAAAGCAUGUCGUUAAAAAAAAAAAGAAAAAGAAAAAGAAAAAGAAAGAGAGAUAAAAAAGAAAAGAAGAGAAAGACAAAAUCGCGAAGAAAUUUCAAUCUGAAAAUUUUUAUCGUACUGAUUCCUUAGCGAGCAUUCGCGUCAUUUCAAAUAUUCGCGGCAACGUGUGUUUUCGAUGGCCUCCGCCAGGUGGCGGCGACCUUCGUGGCGGGAGAAUCGAUAGGGGUUCGAUUCUACGUCACACUAGUCGGAAAUAUCUACUACAUCUGUAGGAUCGUGUCGACGAAUGGAACGUAGAGAAUAUAAAAUAAUAUUGUGUUUUAUAGAGAUAGGAUAAAAAGAAAAAUAAUGUAAAAGAGAGAGAGAGAGAGAGAGUGAGAGAGAACGAGAAGAUGUAUAUUCUGUGUAUAGAUUCAUGCAAAAUAUCCUAAGCGUGAAAAGAACAAAUGGAAUGAUUAAAUACGAAAGAUUAUAUAUAUAUAGAAAGAAAAGAACGACUGUUGGCAAUAAUAUAAAUUUAUGUAUGUACACGAUCUAAGCAAAAGAAAAGAAAGUAAUGAUUAAAAAAGAAAGAAAAAGAAAAAAAAAGGAAAGGAAAAAGAAAGAGAAAGAAAUAGAGUGAGACGAUCAUUUCGUACAUAGAUUUCGCGUGUAAUAUCACAUCUUUCUAAAGGACAUCUCAAUAAAACGAGUUCGUUGUAAUUUAAUCGUAUAAUAAGAGAGAUUUGUAGACAGUUUAUAUUAAUAUUACUAGUCCCGCUCGACCGUAAAGCGAAAAAGAAUACGUAUAUAGUGAUUUUUUUGUUAAAAAAAAAAAAACACGGAUAUACACACACACACAUACGCGCGCACACACACACACACAUACAAAAGAAGAAGAGGAAGAAGAAAAAAAGAAGAAGAAGAAACUAAUAAAUAAAUAAAUAAAUAAAUAAAUAACGUAAUACACACUCGCGUAACGACUUUCAACAAAAUUAUAGGAAGCUUCGCAAGUCGAUCUCAACAUUUAGAUACGAUAUUAAAUCAUUUAUUACUCUCAUAUAGGAAGACAAAGAGAAAGAAUUUUAAAGCGAAUCAACAAAAUUCUAAAAUGAAAUGUACUUGUUCGUUUGGUGAAUUUCAAAAAAAAAAAAAAAGAGAAAAGUUAAUCCGAAUUUCGAUCGAUCGACUCUCGAAGCACCGACGAGUUUAUUUUUUUAUAGAAUCUGACAUAAUAGAUACGUAUACGUGUACAUAUAUGUAUAUUGUAUAUGUACAAGUAUAUGUAAAAUGUAUAUGAUGCGUUAAAGUAACGACGGGUUAGUUGCCUUCUGUUGUAGAAAGUAGAAAGAAUGAGAGAGAAAGAGAAACAGAGAGAGAGAGAGAGAGAGAAGAGAAAUAGAGACAGUGCAUACAUGCUAUUUUCUACUGACGAUUCGAAAUACUAUUAGAAACAUGAGUCUCGUAAAAAUUUAUGCCUCGUUUUUCUACGUGAAGAAGAAAAAGAAGAAGAAGAAGAGACGAAAAAGAAAAAGAAGAAGAAAAAUAAAAUAAAAUAAAAUAAAAUAAAAUAAAAUAAGGAAAAGUUCACAAAGAAAAGGAAAGACGCAGGAAAAGAAAUGAAAAUUAAAAGGAAGCGCGUCGUAAGCAAAUCAAAAGUAAUUUCAAAAAGAAAGGAAAGAGGAGCAAAAAAAGAAAACGGAAAAAUAAAACAAGAAAAACAUUUCUAACAAAUUUCCAAUUCUUAGCGUUAUCGAAGUUGAAAUAGGAACGAUGUGACGUUAGUUAGAGAGAAAGAAAAAGAAAUACGUAUAUUAUAAUAUAUAAAUCGUACACAAGAGGUCCGACGUUCUCGAUGCUUCUUCUCGAUCGACGGUUGAUCCGAAAAAAAGAAUAAAAUAAUUAAAAAAAUAAAAAAAGGAACGUCGUUACGUUCGAAGCGCGACAUAAUACUAAUAAUAAUAAUAAUUAUAAUUAUAAUAAUAAUAAUAAGAGGAAGAAUAAUAAUAAUAAUAAUAAUAAUAAUAAUAAUAAUAAUAAUAAUAAUAAUAAUUAAUAACGUUAUUAAUAAAAUAAUGAUUAGUCAUAACGAUGAUAAUGAUGAUGACGAUAAUGAUUAUGAUAAUGAUGACGAUAACGAUGAUACCAAUAUAAAUAAACUAUGAGAAAGAAAGAUAAAAGAAAAAGAGAAGGAGAGAGAUAGAGAGAGAAAAAGAGAGAAAGAAAGAAAGAAAGAGACACAACAUUUAUAUAUCGUAGUCUUAUAAGCGCUAAAAAAAAAGGUUAGAAAACGAGUAGCAUUUUUGGUUUUUCUACUACGCGCUUCAUAGAAAUAUCUUAGAGGCGAGAUCCUUCUUUUUCAAAAUGUAGGAUAAGCAACCGUACGUUUUGGUCUUCGAGGACUCGCGCUCGAUAAAAAGGACGAAGAGCUUGGACGGUUGAUUUUAUCGAGUCUAUUUUUAGUAGUUUUGUUUAACGACUAAUGGAACAAGAAAGCGAAGAUGAUGAAGAAAAGAAGCCGCGCGAUAGAGGUUAUAUAUACAUAUAUCUAUAAAUAUAUACAUAUAUUUAUAUAUGUGUGUGUAUAUAUAUAUAUAUCGACUAUCACACAACGUGUUAAGCGACGUGUUACGAUCUUGUAUGUAUGAAUAAUGGAGUAUCGAAGAGAAAAAUCAAAUAAAACGUUAUACGAAGCAUA